CAAACGACCUUUUACCAAAAUUCCUCCCUACAACCACCGACGUCCUUCCUUUCGUCCGUCGCAGCGUCUUUCUCCUCUCUCCAUCGCUCAUCGUCUUCCUUCAGCUCGCUGAAAACCCCCCAAAAAUCCCAGAUCUCGUUCCAGAACCCCUAAAAAUCCCGAGAAGAUCGAUUUCUCCUCUUCGAUCUCCGAUCAGCUAUGCAGGGCUUGAUGUUUGCUAUAUGGGGUUAUCAACAUCCCUUUAAUUAAGUUUCCUCUGACUUCUUGGUUAGAUAUUUUCCUAAAAGACCAGAAGAGAUCGGGACAAGAGUCUAGGUUUAACUCAUUUGGUAUAUCAGAAGCAGGAAAGCAACCAUGGGAUGUUUAAACUGGACUUGAAGGCUUCCUGGAAUAGCUGGAACAGGUAGCGAUGAUGUUGAUGAUUCUAGAAACAUGGAUAUUGACAGACUGUGGUGGAUGUGAUGUGACACUGAGUGGUGAUGAUGGGAAUGAUUCUAGAAAGAGGUGGUGAUGAUGGGGAUGAUUCUAGAAACAUAGAUAUUGGCAUAUUGUGGCGGACCUGAUAUGACACUGAGUUUGGUAAUAGAUGCAGAGUCAAGGUUGGAGAUGGACUUUGGGUUUGGUAUACAUUGUUGCGGUUGCAAUUAUUUGGAUUGCUGCCAGUUAUAUUGUUCAAUCAGUUGUGAAUGGGGGCGUUUCUCCCUUUCUCAUCACCUACAUCUGCAAUUCCUUGUUUGUGAUUUACAUACCUAUAAUAGAAAUUGCACGCUAUUGGGAGGAUACAGUAGGGAGUUUGUGGGUUUGGCGUAGUAGUGAGAGAGGUUCCAAUGGGCGAAGAUCGGGAGAUUCAGAGGAAGUCAUUCUUCUCAGCGAUUGUAAUACUAAUAAAACAACAGAUGGUUGGAAUUCAUCUGAGUUGGUCAAUCCGGAACAGGUGAGUGAGUCUCAGAAUGACAAAGCAUCAGAACGGGACUAUGAACUUCAAGAAACUGAAAAGAUAUUGCCUGAUCAGACCAAUUCAUUAACACAACCAACACCAACUAGUAAACAACUGGAUGCAAAAGGGCGUUGGACGCGUGCUAGAGUGGCCAAGGUUAGCCUGUUGAUAUGUCCAUUCUGGUUUCUAGCACAACUCACAUUCAAUAUGUCUCUGAAGUAUACAACUGUGACAUCAAAUACCAUCUUAAGCAGCUCAUCUAGCCUAUUCACUUUCUUCGUCUCUGUAGCAUUCUUGGAUGAGAAGUUCACUUGUGUGAAGCUAUCGAGUGUUCUUCUCUGCAUGGCGGGAACAAUACUAGUCAGCGUCAGUGAUUCAGAAACAGGAACAAGCACAAUUGUUUCAAACCCUAUUCUUGGAGACAUUCUAUCUCUUGUUUCAGCUGGCUUGUAUUCUAUUUACAUCACCUUGAUUCGGAAAAAGAUGCCCGAUGGAGAAAAUGGAGAAGGCCAAGCAAGUAUGGCGCAGUUCCUUGGAUUUGUUGGGCUGUUCAACCUCUUGAUUUUUCUACCUGUUGCUCUUGUGCUGAAUUUUACAAGACUCGAGCCUUUUCAUGAACUCAGCUUGAAGCAGUUUGGUCUCAUUGUUGGAAAAGGCCUACUAGAUAAUGUGCUGAGCGACUAUUUAUGGGCAAAGGCGGUUCUCCUCACGACACCUACAGCAACGACGGCCGGGCUUUCGAUUCAGGUCCCUUUAGCUGCCCUUGUGGAUACUCUGACUGGUCAUGCCCCUAGUCCCAUGCAUUACCUAGGAUCCGCUGCCGCCAUAGUCGGGUUCGUUGGCCUCAACGUCCCAUCCAACUCUUGUUGCGGUCCAAAAGCUGCUGUUCAACAACGAGAAGCUGAGAUAGUGAGCAUGGUUAACAUCCCAUCCGAUUCUUGUUGCAGUCCGAAAGGUGCUGUUCAAGAACGAGAAGCCGAGAUGGUGACUAUAAUCAACAUCCCAUCCAACUCUUGUUGCAGUCCGAAAGCUGCUGUUCAACAACCAGAAGGUGAGAUGGGGAGUAUGGUCAGCUUGCCUAUCAGUGCAGAUGCAGCGACUGCCAUUUCCUAGCACGGACAGCUGUUUUUUCCAAGUGCAGUUGUUCAUGCUCUUUAAAUCUUCUGUAAUUUUAGAUACUGGCUCCGUCGAUUCUUUUGAGGUAUAGAACAAAACCGGUUAUUUAAUUACAAGCAGUUUCUGA